AUGGCAUUACUUUGGGGAGAUUGGAAGGAGACGUACGCGAGGGUCCCUAGGAUCUUGAAUGCAAUUGCACACAUCAAUCCAGGGACGAAGUGGUUCAUCUCAACUGGUAGCAUGAUGGUCAGCGAUGGCGGUAUCAUUAAACCGGUCAUGCAGCGUGUGUUUUGGUGCUUCAAUCAAUGCGUGGAGGCCUUCAAACAUUGCCGGCCCGUGAUAAGUGUCGACGCCACAUUCUUGACGGGAAAGUACAAGGGCGCACUGAUGAUUGCUGUUGGCAUCGAUGCAGAGGAUCAGUUGAUCCCCCUAGCAUUUGCGUUGACGGAGGGAGAGCGGAACAGUAGCUGGUCUUCGUUUAUGUGCCUGGUUCGCCAUCACGUAAUUGGAGCGGGCCGACAAGUCUGCAUGAUAUCGGAUCGGCACCAAGGUCUCCUCAAUGCAGCAAGGGAACACAUGGAAGGUUACCCUCCUCUCGUGCACCGGUGGUGCAUGCGUCAUUUUGCUGCGAACAUUUGGAGAAGGCAGAAGAGCAAGGAGGUACUUGCCAAACUCAAAGUAGUUUGCAAGGUUAAAGAAGAGAGACAGUUUGAAAAGAAGCUAGUAGAAUUGGAGAAGAUACUGAACGAGCCUGCGAUAGAGUGGUUGAAGAGCGAAAUAGCUAACAAGUCCAAAUGGGCGCAGGCCUUUGAUGCGGGUGGAUGUAGGUACGGAAUCAUGACAACAAAUAUCUCUGAGGUAUUCAACAACGUCCUUAAAGGCAUCCGUGCAAUGCCGGUUUCUGCCAUCGUUGAGUACACCUUUCAUAAAUGUAACUACUACUUUGUUGAUAGGUGGAAGAGAGCACGCGCAGGUAUUGAUGCUGGUGAGGUGUGGGGAAAAGCCAUUGCUAAGCACCUCACGGCGCAAGGGGGAGAUAUCAGCUACACAGGAAGCUCAGCUCUUUGA